AUGUCGGGCUUGCUGAGAGCCACGUUUCUCGCCGCGUGUGCGCUCCUGCUAUUGGUAAUCAGUCUACCUGAGGCACUCACGGCGCCUCUGGAGAAUGGCCAGUUUCAGCACAUCAAGCAUGGUAAGCGCGGUGCGGUCGCCAGUGAAAGCGCCAUCUGUAGUCGCCAUGGAACCGAUAUUUUGAAAAUAGGCGGUAAUGCGGCCGAUGCUCUAGUCGCGACCGUCUUGUGUGUGGGUGUUAUUGGAAUGUAUCAUAGCGGGAUUGGAGGCGGCGGCUUCAUGCUCGUCAAAGCACCUAACGGUACAUUUGAGUUUAUCGACUUUCGUGAGACGGCCCCGGCCGCGGCGUUUGAAGAUAUGUUCACUAACAAGACCGGCGCAUCCACCAUCGGUGGUUUGGCCAGUGGCGUUCCUGGGGAGCUACGAGGACUGGAGCAUCUUCAUAAAAAGUAUGGCUCGUUGCCAUGGUCGGUUCUGGUGAAGCCUGCAGUUCGGACGGCUCGUGAAGGCUUCCCGGUCGGACGCGAUCUGGUGAAGUAUAUGAAGUCAGCGGUCGGCACUGGCCAGGAUUUCUUGGCUGAGAAUCCGACAUGGGCGCUCGACUUUGCUCCCAAUGGAACCCGACUUGGUUUGGGAGACACCAUCACGCGGAGACGCUAUGCCGAUACACUCGAGACCAUUGCCCAAAAGGGCCCCGACGCGUUCUACACAGGACCCAUUGCAGAGACUAUGAUCAACGCACUACAGGCAGCGAAUGGUACCAUGACUCUGGAGGACCUGCGCAACUACACUGUGACUAUUCGGGAUGUCUCACAAAUCGAUUAUCGCGGAUAUCAGAUCACGAGUACGACAGCUCCGUCAAGUGGCUCUGUUGCGCUGAGUAUCCUAAAGAUUCUGAGCACUUAUGACGACUUCUUCACGGCUUCCAACGUGAAUCUCAGCACACACCGCCUGGACGAGGCCAUGCGAUUCGCAUACGGCGAGAGAACCAACCUUGGUGACCCGCUUUUUGUCGAAGGAGCAAGUCGCUAUGAGGAGAAUAUGCUGAAACAAUCGACGAUUGACGAGAUUCGGCGGAAAAUCUCCGAUACUCGCACGCAGAAUGUCUCUGCCUAUGAUCCGCUAGGUAUUGAGAGCUUGAACGAUGCUGGAACAUCGCACGUUGUAGCGGCGGAUCAUUCGGGUCUCGCGAUUUCUCUUGUCACCACUAUCAACACCCUCUUUGGAAGCCAGGUCAUGGUGCCGGAGACUGGAAUUAUCAUGAAUAACGAAAUGGACGAUUUCUCGGUUCCUGGCAAAUCGAAUUCCUUUGGAUACAUUCCUUCAGAAGCGAACUAUGUUCGACCGGGGAAGCGUCCUCUGUCCUCCAUUACACCCGCUAUUGUCACGCGUCCCGAUGGUAAAUUAUUUCUCCUCGCGGGCUCCGCUGGCGGGAGUCGAAUCAUCACGGCCACCGUGCAAAAUAUCAUCCAUGUCGUCGAUGAGGGAUUGUCAGCAGCAGAAGCAUUGGCUCGUCCUCGUCUGCACGACCAGUUAGUACCCAACCAGGUUAGCUUCGAGUACAGCUACGACAACGCCACGGUUGAUUUCAUGAAGUCGCUGGGUCAUAAUGUGACUUGGGUCGCGCCUGGUCAGAGUACGGCGCAGGCGAUUCGGGUGUUACCAAAUGGAACAUUCGACGCGGCUGGAGAACCCAGACAGUUGGACUCGGCCGGCUUCUCGAUCUAA